GAUCAAUUGUUUGGGUCGUAUUUGACACGACCAAAAUUGUUGGGGUCGAAAUUAGCACUUAAUACAAUUGUAUAUAUUUCUAGAUUUUAAAGAGACAGAGGAACACGACUAAUGGAAAAGGUUCUCUAUAUAUGUGUAAAAUAAUGUAUCCAUUGUCCUAAAUACAAACGAUUGUGGAAUAUUUACACUGAUUUACAUUGCGGAUCUUUAGCUACUAAUGGUUCAUUAAUAGAUUGUUUGGUGGAAACCCUUUGAUCUAGUGGUUUAACCAAUGGUUCAUUAAUAUUUCAACACCAAGAGAUCUUGGUUUCAAUUCUCCGAGAAUGCCUGAUUAUCCAGAAUAUUGGAGAAAAGACUUACAAAAGAUUUUCGAUAUGGCGCAAGACGUACCGUUAACACUUAGCAAUGGAUUUUAUAAGCCGUUUCAAGGUGAUGCAGUCAAACAGAAAUCUUCAUAAGACAAGUAGAAUUGUCGCAGUAUUAUUGUCUAUGUAACUUUUCUCAUAUUUUGUAAUAACAUAAUUAAUCGGUGUUUAAAAAAAAAGAUUGUUUGAAUCCAAAGCUGAACAUAUAGAGGAUACAAAUUAAUAUGAUACGAUAUAAAUUUAAUAGAUUUUAUGUAAUUAUAUAUUCAAAAAUGAAAUAUCAAUGCGUUAACAUGCUAAGAACUCAAAAAGAUUAUAUCAUUUAAUUUCUCUAUUAUUUUUGAUUCUUAAGUUCGUACAAAUAUAUAUAUAUGUAUAUAUAUAUAUAUGCAAGAUAAAUAAACUAUUUUUCUAAAUAAGAGAUUUCUAUGAGAUGGCAAAAUAAAUACAUGAUAUUUCGUAGUAAACACUAGUAAUGUUAAUCAUAUCAAUCAACGCGAUUGAUAUCUCAACACGUAAACAUUAAUAAUGUUAAUCAUGCUAAAAAGGAGUGGAAAGGAAUUAAUUCCGUCAAAGAUAUAAAAAGAAACAAGGUCAUUUUGAAUACAUAUACCGUUCUCUCAAUUUUAACAUCUUCACCACACCACAUCAAAAAUGGUCUUGCGAGUGUCAUAUGUUUUGGUGGUUCUAACCAUUCUUUCCAUGGAUCAUAGAAUCUCUCAAGCCACAUCCCGUGUUGCGUUUCAGGAGCCAUCCAUUGCUCAUCACUUCCAACAAUGGAUGAUCAAGUUCUCUCGAGUUUAUAGCAAUGAACCCGAGAAACAGAUGAGGCUGGAAGUGUUCAAGAAAAACUUUGAAUUCAUUGAGAAUUUUAAUAGUAAGGCGAACCAAAGCUACAAACUUGGUGUCAACGAGUUCACGGAUCGGACUAAGGAGGAGUUCCUAGCCACCCACACCGGUCUCACUAGAGGCAUUAAUGUAACUUCAUCAUCCGAAGCGGUUGAUGAAACUAUGUCAUCUUGGAAUUGGAACGUCAGUAAUAUCGUCGGCCAGAGCAAAGACUGGAGAAUGGAAGGUGCUGUAACACCUGUCAAACUGCAAGGACAAUGUUCUAGUUGCUGGGCUUUCUCGGCGAUUGCAGCAGUGGAAGGUCUGACAAAGAUUGCCGGAGGAAACCUCAUAUCACUGUCCGAACAGCAACUUAUAGAUUGUGACGGAGCGCCUAACGAAGGUUGCAGGGGAGGAACAAUGGAAGAAGCUUUCACCUACAUAGCACAAAACGGAGGCAUUUCUUCAGAAGACGCAUACCCUUACCAAGAGAGAGAUGGGACUUGCCAGUCCCAGGCCGAACCCGCCAUGCAGAUCAGAGGUUUCCAAUACGUUCCACGCAACAACGAGCGUGCAUUGCUCGAAGCUGUAUCGAUGCAGCCCGUCUCGGUAAGCAUUGCCGGGUUGGCUGAAAGUUUCAGCCAUUACUCAAGCGGAGUGUACAGUGAUCCGGCCUGUGGGAUCGCCACGACUCAUGCAGUGACGUUGGUUGGGUACGGGAUGAGCCCGGAAGGGAUUAAGUACUGGCUGGCUAAGAACUCUUGGGGUGAGACUUGGGGAGAGAAUGGUUACAUUAGACUCCGUAGAGAUGUGGAGUGGCCUCAAGGCAUGUGUGGUCUAGCUCAGUAUGGUUGUUAUCCGGUUGCUUGACUAGCUUAUCCGGUGAUAUGAUAAACUGAAAUGAUCAAACAUUAUGUCGUUUGGUCUAUUUUAUGAUUUCUUUAAAAAACUAUAUCGCAACUUACGCUUGACCAUAAGCAUUAUAAUGUUUCAUUCUGUUGCUCCAUAUAAUAAAUGCAACAUUUAGUUUUCACUCCAUCCCUUCGAAAUGUAUUUUGAAAAUUUUCUACACAUACUAAGAAAGUAUAUUAAAAUUUCCUACUAUACCUUAAUUCACAAUAUAAUUUUAUAUUUCUAUUAAUAGAUUAAAUAAGUAAGAUUGAACCUGACGUUUUGUUUAAAACCCUUGCGUU